AUGGAUAUCGACGACGUUCAGCUCACACCCCAGAACGUUCCGUCCAACUUCAAUGCUGCGGAGGCUGACAACCUCGAGGAUAUCGAGAAGCAGUUUGCCGUCAAGGCCGUUCAGCACAUGGAGACCUACUGGUCCAUCCUCGAGAAGGUCAAGGGCUCCACCCUGCGCCUGACCAAGUUCGACGACGAGAUCUACGAGCACCUCCUGAAGGACUUUCCCGACUUCGACCCCGCCGAGACGAUCGACGAAGACAAGAUGAAGAGCAAGCAGGGCAAGGAGAGGUGGCGCAACUUCAUGAUGGCCUACGACAAGCGCGUCGAUGACUACAACUUUGGCACCAUGAUGCGGACGGGGCCCAAGUUCGAGUACGGCCAGAACGAGGUCAUCUUUGUGCCGCGCAUGCAGUUCUACGCCGUUGAGAUUGCGCGAAACCGCAAGGGACUGAACGACUGGAUCUACGAGCAGGCGCAGGCGGAGAAGGCCAAGAAGGCGUCUAGCUAG